AUGGCGGGUCAGGGGGAUCUGCAGGAACUGCUGCGAAUGCUCACUGCGCGUAAAGUGCCAAUGUUGGCGGCUAUGGGUCACGUCAAAUCGCUUCAAACGAAGAACCUCAAGAGCAUCGAGCAAAUAGCAGACGCGCCACUGGCGGCAGUAGAGGCGGCGCUCAAGGACGCGAAACUGGCCAAGGGCCUCCAUACAGCAUGCAAAUCUCACAGCAAAAAGCCUGCGGUGGCAACCAAGCGCGGCGCGGAGGACGCGACGUCACCAACAGCAAAGAAGCCCAGGCUGGAGCCUACGAAACGCGAUCUAGACUACGGCUCCAUGGCGGCGGAUGACCUGGAGGCGUCACUCGAGCUGCCGCUGGUGGAGGACGAGGCUCUAAUACGCGCCACUACAAUCGUAACGAACAGGGCGCCCCUUGUACUCGCCUUUGCCGUCGAACUUCUCCGGGUGACCAUGCCGGAGCAGCCGCCGAGCAGCAGGCUCAGCCUCGCGCAAGCGCUCGUGAGCGCCAACUCACGGAGCAAGGCCGUCAGUAUCGGCAUCGAGAAGCCUGGCGGGGAGAUAUCCGUCACCGAGGGCCAGCCCAAGAUCCGUGUCAUGGGCCGCGAGAUCCCUGUCCUCAAACGUGGCGAUUACACAUGGUCAGGCGCCCCGACAAACAAGCAAAGCGAUAAUACAGAGGCAGGCGGCGCGCAGGCUUCGCGCGCCGCGCCCAACAAGACGUGGACGGCGAGCGCGACGCUGACGUCGCGCGCCUCUACCUUUGUGGCCCACGUGGCGACCGUGUCCAACGCGAGCGCACGACCCGGCCUCAUCCGGCAGCUCAUGGCGGAGCGCCCAGACCUGGAGACGGCGUCGCACAAUGCGUGGGCGAUCCGCACCAGCUUCGGCACGUCGCCGCUAGUGCAGCAGGCCUCGUUUGACGACGGCGAGUCGGGCUGCGGCAAGUUCAUGCUGGAGCUGCUCAAGGAGACGAGCACGACCAAUACGCUGGUGGUGCUGACGCGCUGGUUCGGGGGCGUGAUGCUGGGCCCGGACCGGUGGCGGCUGAUGCGGGAGUGCGUCCACGACGCGCUCGCGUCGCAGCGGCGGGGCGGGGCGGCGGCGGCGACGUUUGUGCCCGGCGAGGCGGCCGUCUGGGGCCUCGACACGCAGGACACGAAGCCGGCCGCGUCGACGGUCGGGAUGGGCAUCCACCGGCCCGAGGGCGCGCGCAACUACCUGCUGCGCUCGUUUGCGUCGCCAACGACGGCGGCGGGUGCAGCAGGGGCACCACCCAAGAAGACGGUCGCGGCCGUCAACGACGAGAAGCAGGAGAACCUGGGCAGACUGCUCGGCGCGCUGCGGAUCGUUGUGGAGAGCUGGUCGGGCGUGCUGACCAAGGACGAGUUGGACAAGAGGGCGUGGACGUGGUACGUGGCGGUGCGGCCGGACGUACAGUCGGGGCCGUCGGGCUGGGGGGCACGGGGCGAGCUGAAGCUGAGCACUAUAUUGGACCUCAAGCGCAAUGUGGGCUGA